GUCAAAGUUUCUAUUCUGUUCAGAAUCGUGUAUAAAUACUUACGUCUGGUGACAUCAAGAAAGCCAGUUCGGGAUUAAUAGUCUUGGGAUAAGCAUUGAAAAAUAAUUUUGAAAAUGAAAUUCGCCAUUGUUGCCUUGGCCCUGUUGGGUGUUGUUGCUGCCGAUGUCAGCCAUUUGAAUAACGAAUAUCUUCCCCCUCAUAUGGCUGCCUUGGCCCACAAACAUUUCGAAUAUGCUGAACAGAGUCAGGAAAUUCCACAAGCUCAAUCCGUCAAACAUGUUUCCGUCUCUGUGCACCAUGAAGUUCAGGCCCCACAACAACAAUACUACACUGGUUUAGUUCACCAUGCCGAACAGGAAGAAGCCGCUGCUGUCGAAGAAACCCAACCAGAACCCGAACAACAAUACUACACCGGUUUGGUCUACAAGCCCGAACAAGAACAAGAAGAGGAAGCUGUAUCCAAUUCUGUUGUCGAAGAAGUCCAACAAGAACCCGAACAACAAUACUAUACCGGUUUGGUUUACAAACCCGAACAGGAAGAGGCCACCUCUACCAAUGUUGUUGAAGAAACUGAGCAGCAACAAUAUUAUACCGGUGCCGUCAUUAAUGAAGCUGAACAGCAAUCCGAACCUGAAGCUGAAGAAGUUGCUGCUGAACCUGAAGUUGUUCCCGGUUCCGAUGAUUUUACCCAGCAACAAGCUGAAUACUACACCUCGGUCAGCCAUCAACAAGAAGCAGCCCAUGCCCAAGUUGUACCCGGUUCGGAUCAUUUCACCCAACAACAGGCUUCCUACUAUACCUCUGUGAGCCACAAGGGCGCCAGUGUCAGCUCUAGUGCUAGUGCUUCCAGCGGUAUUGAUACUAAAUACGGUUCCAAUGGAGGUUAUGUUUAUUAAAUUUAGAAACUAGAUAGAUAACAGGACUAAAGAAAUAAGUUAGGAUAGAGAAAAAAAAAUUAAAAAUAAA